CCUGUCGUUUCAACUGCAAAUGCGACGGAAGUAUAACCUGUCCCGAUGUCAUUCGUUCAACGAAUCGGAUGAUUAUCUAGAGCCAAAGAAAAGACGUUUUCACCCGUUACGAGGACUGCGAAAAAUCUUCAGGCGAAAAAGCCGAGGCGCCGCCGAUCUCAAUGCAACUUCAUGCAGCAACGCCGAUGGCAACGAUCACGUCCUCUCUUCUCGUGAUCGCGAAGAAGUUACUUUGAGACACCCGGCUGGACGCCCCGAAGAAUCCCGCAGUCGAAGCGCCAGCGAACUUCUAACGGACCCUUGCGACAGAGAAAGUACUACCGCCGAAUCCAACGACUACUGGCCAAGAAAAUACAGAUCCGUCGUAGUAUCUUUGAACCGUUACGAGCGGAACGAAACCGUUUUCCUGCGACGGAGCGGAGUCGGCGAGGCGUUCGCAAAACUUCGAGGAGGACCCGGUCAGCUAUCCGUAUCUCACGACAGCGUUUUUCCAGGCGAAGUGCCGCAAACUCGUCCGCUCUCUUCGGUGGAUCCGCUAGCCACCCUGGAGCGAAGACCGUCAAAAAUCAGCGAAACUGAAGGCAAAGAAACGUCGUCUCUAGUUACCCAGAAACACCGGAUAUCCCUUCAGGUGUUGGAGCAAAUAAAGACCGUCAUAGAAAGCAGAAACCAGGUCUCAUCCAGCGACAGUACAAUUCUACAAUUUUUAUUACAGAACCGGAGCUCGAGUAGCAACGUCUAUUAUGUUGAAGAGACGCAAACGAAGUCGACCACGACAAAAUCCACGACCGAACAUGUAACCCAAACUAUAAGGUCACAGACGAAAGAAGAUUUACCGGAGCUUGAAAGCGAGCCCUUGAACCACACGGCGGCGAUGCACCGAAUAAACGUGAGGCCAAAGAACCGCCGUUUGCCUCGACGAGUAGCGUCGCAGAAAAUCGGACCAUCGUCAAACAUCCCGACGAUAUCCGAGGGUUCGGACACCUUGGACAGCCUGGAGACCCUGGGAAGCGUUACGGAUUCGCCGAUAGAAUCGCGGAACGUGACGGUGAUCAGAAAGUCGUCAAGCCGUCUGAGUAAGACGACGGAUAUAUUCGGUGAGCUCGAGGCGAAACUGAGCUCACCCGGAAGCGCGCUUUCGAAGUCGCCGGACAGCCUGGAGAACAACGGGACGAUUCUAUCCCUGCCUGUAGAGGAAAGCGGGCAGAUCGGAGAUAUGAUAAAACCUGUGACGAGGAAGCUGUCCAACCGGAUAUCGAAGGGCUCCGACAUAUUCGCCGAGCUCUCGUCGAAGCUGCCGAGGAGAAGAUCCUCGGUAAAUCGUCAGUCAAAGUCGCCGGACAGCCUCGACAACACCUGGUCGAAAUCGACGGACAGUUUCGAACGACUCGACGAGUCGAAGGAGCCGCGCAAACCGAUUCCGAUGAGGAGGACGCUCAAUCAACAAAUAUCGAAGUCGUCGGACAGGGUCUCAAAGUCCUCGGACAGCCUGGAGAACCUGGACAACCUCCCGGCGAACCUGAACACGGUUAACAGCGACGACUCGAUCGAGAGACGGCGGAACAGCUACGAGCUUAGGAACGUUCAGAGGUCGAGCAGGGCGAUGUCAAAGUCCUCGGAGAGCUUCGAGGUACUUGAGGAGGGCGAGAGGCGGUCCGAGGACGCGGAGGAGACGCAGCGGGGACUCGCCGGGUCGGCGGAGAGCCUCGACAAGACGGAUGAGGUAGCGCGGGAAAAAACCGAGGCGAAACGAUCGAGCUCGGACCUCGGAAAGCGGUGCUGGAGGCCCGGUAAACGGACCACCGUUUCGUCCGAGAGCUCGGACAAUAUUGAGCUCGAUGACGAGCUGGAGAACCGGAGGGCGAGGAGACCGUCGAAGAGGAUCGCGAGCACGAGUCUUGGCGACGCUGUUUUACCGGCUAACGAUGAUACGGAGAGGAAAUCGGCGCCGAUACAGACGAGAAAGAAUUCCAGAUUUCAAAAGUCUUCGGAGAGCUCCGAACUCGGCAGCACCGACACCCUCGACUCUGAUAAGAAGAACAAAUCCUCGACGAGCACCGAGACCCUCGAUAGUCUUGAGAAGGACGUCGAGCAAGACCCGAGGGAGGAGGAGGAGAUCACCGACACCGUUGUCGAGAAAAGGGAGACACGCGACGCGUGGGCAGGUCAAGUUCAGCAGACAGAUUCGAACGUCCUCGAAGUGGAGGAAACGAAAUCGCUUAUAUCAGAUAAAUCCUACUGGCGACAGUCUUCGGACGUUAAGGAGAACAUAGACAUACAUCAGCUGUUGGCGAUAACGAUCGUUCAACACAUCGCGGACAAUGGGAAUCAAAGAAACUCUGUAAUCUUUCCAAAGAAGAAAUUAUCCUCGCCUCCAACUUCGCCUGAGAAGCAGCAAGACGACAACAAAAUAAUGUUCAACAAUUUGCUUGCCAGCAAAAACGACGAGGAUUUGCAAAACAUGUUGAACGGAAAUAUUUCCGAAGUAUCUACCGACACUAAAAGCUUUAAAGAGAAACUAAUUAUGUUCGAAAAGCUUGGCAAAUGAGAGCUUACAAUAUGCAUUUCAUAAACUAUUAUAUCAAGCUGUAAUCGCUGCUGCCACUUCUGCUACUGCUUAUACGUAUGUAUGACAUGUACAUAAAUAAUUUUUAUCGAAUUUUCUCUACUUUCAUGUUCUCUUAUACGCAUAUCCUUCUCGAAUUCUUGGAUUUCGUUUUGGAUUUUAUACAUAAAGCUUGUUAUUUGAGAAAAUUACGUUGAUACUUUUCGUUUCACCUCUAUUCUUUAGUUCAUAUAUUUUAUGUAAGAAAAAUCAAUAAUAAUAUUAUUAUUAUUAUCAUUGUUAUUAUUAUUAUUAUUAUUAUUUGUACACAAUUAUUAUUGCGUGUGAAUUUUUGUAUACCUAAUGUAAAAAGAUGACGUUAUAUAAACCUAAUUAUUUAAA